AUACUGGUUUCGUGUUAAGUUCCAGAGUCUAGACGUUUGUAUUUGAAUUCAUUAUCACUGUUAGAGCGUUAGAUACAUAUUAGUUUUGGAUAGCAGAUGUCUAUUGUUUGUGAAGUUUAAGAAAAGUUUAAUAAGGAUAGGAGAGUAUGGAAGCAGGUGGUCCUUUAGCAACCAGAGAAAGUGUUCCUUUGUCUUCCAGUUUAGUUGGUGACGUAUACAUAAUCUCGAUGUUACUAUAGUUACGUAUAACUAAGUUGAACCUGAAACGAGGAAGGCCUAGAAAAAUUUAUGACGCUAAUGAAGAUUUAAAAUUCCUUGACAUAGUUCAUACUCAAAAUUCUGGGGGAUAGUACUUUAUACAUCACAAUUUUUAGUUACAGGCUAUGAUUAAUAGUUGAGAAUGGAAUGUACUCUAACAAUUUAUUAACAGUGCACCAAGAACUCGAAGUUGAAGUGUAUUACCCAAGUUUCCGAAAGUUAUCGUACCUGUCGCUAGGCCAGGUACGCUAACUUAAACCUAACAUUAGGUUUAUAUCAUGUCAUUAACUGCCCACUUGGUUAAAGAUGCAGGUGUAAUUCUUCUCUUGCUGCUAGUGUCCAUGCUAGGUGAUGGGUUAUUAACAACAGGAAUUAUUCAACAGAGUGACUUCCUUCGUGCACUGAUUGACAACAUUACACAUGGCUUAAUAGCUGUAAUUAGUUGGGUCCUUGUUGCAGUUAGCGGAACAGCAACAAGAUCUGAUGAGCCAUCUAGUAUUUUUCUGAAGAGUUUAUUAGCUGAAGCACUCCUAUGUGGACUUAUAGCCUGUGUAGUUGACCUGGACCAUUUUAUGAUGGCCAAGUCAUUUAGACUAAAGGAUGCACUCAACUUAGGAAGUCGCCCACCAUUUCACUGUACAAGUGUACUAUUUCUUGCAUCAUUUUUUAUAGUUAUUUUUGCAAUUAUAUUGAAAAUUUCCUGGUUGGUUAAGCUUGGAUUGUUGUUUACUGUAGCAGUGUUAAGCCAUCAUCUCAGGGACAGUGUGCGUCGCGGAUUGUGGUUAUGGCCUCUAGGUUCCACCAGACCUCUUGCUUAUUGGUUGUACUGUAUUCUUCUUGUUUCUUUACCACUUUUAGUACAGAUAUUAAUAAGAUGCAUUGACUCAUGGCAACAAACAUCUCCUAAAUCCUCAAAAUCAACAAAUAUACUUCUGGUAUAGAAGAAAUUAGCUUUGUACUUGAAAUAGUUUGUAAUGUUACACAAAAGUAAAGUAACAAUAAGUUUUAUAUUUGAAUAUAUUUUUUCAACAGAAAUUGAUGUACUGUACAAAUAAAUAAUAGAAGGAUCUUUAUUUCGUUUCAUAACAAUCAACAGUUCAAUAAUAAUUUGUGAUAUUAAUUUUUAAUAUGAAGUUUAAUUAAAUUCUUAGUGACCCUGCAAAUUUAAAGAGCCUUUGACCUAUACUGAAAAAAUAAUGUUUAACCUUCUGUGAAAAAAAAAAUAUAUAAAAAAUCCAGAAAAUUUUUUGUUGUAGGUUUUUAAUUGCCAUAGACAUCUGAAGUGCUAUGUACAUACAGUGUAUCUUUAUAAUAAAAAUAAUUUGGUAUGAUACAAUGCACUUGCUUGAAAACACUAUACAUCAGUUUUUCGUUACUGACUGUAUACGAUUAUGGAGAAAUAUUUUUUAAGAAAACUAACACAGAACUGAUCAACAGGUGCAAGUGUUUAUUUUUUUGAUAACACAUUACAAAUAUCAGGCACAUAUAUAUGAACAUAUUCAAAUAUUUCUGAAACAGUGCAUUGCUUACAUGUAUGACAUGAUAUCACAGUUAUUACAAAAGACACAAGUCACCAGCUAUUCAUAUCUGAAAUUUGUAAUUUCAAAUAGAGAAUACAUAGUGAAAAUAAGUCUGCUAUAAACAAUGUUCAUAGUGCCAAUAAAAUAAAACUUUUGAGACUGAGACUUUGAAACAAAAGUAUAUUUUCCUAAAGGUGUGUAAAGUGUAUGGUAUUUUCUCUAUACUUUAUAAAGUUGUCUUUUUUUUUAAAUAACAGUAUCAACAGCACAUCACCUUAUUUAACUUUUAAUUUCAUUAUUUCUUUGAAAUAUGGCACUAUCUAUAUUCAGUCAGUCAAUGAAAAAUCCUUAUGUAAUAUUCACAUGCAAGUUUUCAUAUCCUUAUGUAAUGUUCACAUGUAAGUCUUCAUACUGAUUGAGACUAACAAUAUAUAAAAUAUACAUGCAUUAUGAUGAAAAAAUAUAUGACUGCUAUAACACAUGUUAAUGGUACUUUUAAUUAUUUCUAAUUAAUUUUUCAUAAUGCUGUGCAGCAAGGAGUUGUGAAAAAACAAAUCAAUGUUGUUAUAACUCACGGAAUAUUCUUGACAAGAUAUGUAGAUGUUUUCUUUUUUCCAAUUGAUAUUUAAGAAGAUAUGUUACAGACUUAAUUUUUAUUUGGUUUUGGCUUGCUUCUCUGGUGUAAAGUCAUUAAUUUAAAAGACAAUGACAGUUGUUUGAAAAAUGUUGGUAUUUUAGCAUCGUUAAAUUUAGCAUACUAGUUAAAAAAAAUUUUGACAGUUUUCUAUCAAAGAAAAUCAUUGAAAAUAUAUAUAAUUUUUAAAACGAUGACCAAAACUAAAGGUAUUGUUUCUGAUGUUUAUGGUAUGAAAACUGAAGAUAUUCAAACUUUCUAAUAGCUUUCCACAAUAACUAUAUUAACUUUUAAAAUCCAUAAAAUCAACUAACCUUCCCCAAAAACAUCAUUAAUAGAGCUGGAAGAUUAAUCGAAAGUAGUUUCCAGUUAUUUCAGCUAUCCAAGUCUCAAGUGAAAUUAAAGCUCUGGACACAGAGUCACAUUUAAAACUUAAUCAAAUUAUAAGAAAUGUUUGUCAAUAAAUCUUUUAUAUCAAAAAGAAAAAUUUAAAUAAAUUCUCAUUCUUCACUUCCCUGAGCCAUGUGACCCUUUACACUCCUAAUUCUCAUUUUCAGGUUUUCUUUCUUCCCUUAUAUGGAUUUCAUAGACUCCACCAAUUAGCUACAUAAACAGUAGAUAUUUACAGGCCAGAAAAUAAAACUGAAAACCUCCAACCUUCUUUAUUUUCUGAGAUAUCAAUUAAUUUAUCACACCCACCAUGAAAGUUUUUCCUAACUCUUCGUGCUUUUGAAAUUUACUUAUUUGCUCAUGCCUAGUUGUGCAUGGUACAUGUUUAAAAUCAAUGGAAAGGCCAUUUUGUGAACUACGUAAUCCUCACAAUAUAUGUUUGUCUGUAUGGUGAAAGUCAUUAUUUCAGUGCUCUAAAUAUUAAUGGAAAUUUUUAACCAAUUUAUAGCUUAGUUAGAAAGCCAGAAAAAUUAUAGUAGUUUUGAGCCAUUUUAUUUUAGUUCAUGAUAUAUUUGUUUGCUCUAAAAUGCAUUUUCGAAAGCUGAAUGAAUUAUUUUUUGACAACAAACAUAAUCAUAAAAAAGAAGGCUUACAAAAGCAGGCACUUGAGUUCAAACCAGCUAAGGUAAAUGCUAAAUAUCUUUAUACGUAAAUUGUUCUUUUAUUGAUAUAUAUAUUUUUAAACUUAAGUAACUAAAAUGUAAAAAUUUAAAACUUAUUAGGUUAUACCAGGGAACUUUAAAAAAAAAUUAAGUACAAACUUUUUGUGGUCACUGCUUGAGAAAUGCACAAAGAACAUAUGAAAUCACAUUUUGUUUACCCUAAACUAUUGUUGCACUCCAGCUGGGUGAUAUCAUGCUUGUUGCAGUGGUUAUACAUGGUACAUAUAGUAAUAAAACAAUAAAAUUAAACAAAAGCAGUUGUGAAAUGUUGAGAUCUAAAACUCUUAAAAUAAAUAAGUGUAAUUUUGUGUUACAACCUGCAGUCAUUCUAGAAAAACACAAUAGGUACUUUUUAUUUUAUUCCAUAUUUUUCAAUGUUCACUACAGAUAAUUUUGCUGCAGUCAAUGUUUGGGUAUAGAAAAUAAGGUAUAAAUUUUACCAAAAAAUAUAUAUAUAUAUUAAUUUAGAAGGUUCUAAAGGUUAAGCUAAUGAAAUAUAAAAACUGUAAAGUAGAAAGAAAUAUUGUUUUUCUUAGCAUGUAAAAUCAUCUUUCGUCCAGACUGACUCAAUAAAGUCUUCAUAUAUAUUCACAGACAAAUCUUUAGUAAAAUUACUUUAUUUAAAAACCUGAUGUUUUGUGUACAACAGACUUUUAAUGUUUAUUACAAGCUUGCCAAAUUUUGUGAAGAUACAUUUAGUUAUAGUAUGUAUAGUUUCAUGGUUACAAGGUUAUUCAAAAAUGACUUAGCCUUUAUUCAGAGAGAUAGUUGAAUGUAGUUGAUUAACCCCUUCUGUAUUAGGUUUGUUGUUAUAUUUUAAUAGGUUCGAAAGAAGUCACAUUUUUUAUUUCUCCUUUUGAUAACCUAUAAUUAUAUAUUAAUGAGACAAAAGUUAUUUUAUUAUAUUUCUGCACAAAAUAUACUCUAUAAAUAUAUGUUACAUCUAGAUUUGUAUGUGAUAAAUAUUACUGCAUUGAAACUACAGUAAAGAAAAUGAAUGCUUCUCUUCAGUGUUUAUGAUAUAUAAUUCAGAUUAGACCUAACAGAGAUCAAUACAAACAGCAUUUCCAAUUCCAUCUGGUGGGCACUGAUUGUAAUACAUAACACGUGAAUAAAUUCAGGCGAGAAAUUGUUUGCCUGAAUUAACUAGAGCAUAUAUUUUUUGAAACACAGAGAGUACCCGAGUUAUCUCACAGAAAUGAUUAAUGAGCCUGAUGAUUAAUCUAUUAUCAAAUUUCACUAAAUAUCUAGCUCUGACCAAUACAAGCUAUGUUCUACUUAAAGUUAUUUCAAAUUAUUUUAAGAAAAUGAGUACUGUAUCCAUGUGAAAAUAUAUUUGUCAAUCCAACAAAUCAGAAAAUAUAACUCAAAAACAACUCCAAAAAUUUUACCCCAUGUAACUGGGCUGAUCACCGUUGAACAAAGUAUAUGUAGCAUAACUUUCAAACAUACUAAUAUUUAUUUUAUAUUAUUUAAUAAUACAUAUAUUCAUAAAGUUGGUUGGUACACUAUGGAUAAAUCUCUUGGGUUUUCUAUAAAUGAAUCCUUCAGUUUUAAUAGAAGUUGCAUGUGUUAUAAUACACAGAACA